UUACUGAGCUCAAUUUGUUUCCUGUUGUAAAAAAUGGACAGCUCGUCUGAUCAUGAAGAGCAGCUAAGAGAAGCAGCAUGCAUUGGCGACCUAGAAUCCGUGAAAUCGUUAAUAGAAUCCUCAGGUGUCAACAUCAACAGCCAAAAUAAAAUUAAUGGAUGGACAGCUUUACAUUGGGCAGCCAAAAGAAAUCACAGCAGUCUGGUGUCCUAUCUACUUCUACAUGGUGCUGAUAAGAAUAUCAAAACCAACACGGGGGAAAUCGCGGUUCAGCUGACAACCUACAUGGACAUCAAGAAUAUGCUAGGAGGCACCAACAUUGAGACUAAACAGAAGGAUCUCCCUAUAACCCCAAAUUACUUAGCAAAUCCACCCUUCCCAUAUACACAACCAGUUGUUCAGAAGUCAACAGACUCCAGCAGAGAAAAUGUCGUCAGUUUCCAGGAGCAGAACUGCACGUCCAACAAUGAGCUUGUGAUCAAAGUGCGUGUGGGAAACAGUGAAGAGCGGGACUAUAUUGAGGUGGAACUGGACAAAGCUUGCCUGUCGUUCGACAGACUGCUCUCUGUUUGUUGUCAGGAACUUGGUGUGCAAAAGGGACAAGUGUUCAAAGUAAGAAAAUUGCCUAAUACCAUUGUACGCAAGGAUAAAGAUGUUGCGCGGCUGACUGAUUUCCAGGAGCUUGAGAUUGUGCUCAAUAACUCGGAAACUCCUCGACCAGGGCAGUAUGGACUUUCAAUGUCUCACAGAAUUCUGUAUUAGAGUAGAAAUCCAAUGUCCACUUUGUUCAUAGAUAAAGCAAUGUACAAGGUGUUAUAUAAUACAUGUAUGUACUAUCAAUACAAUAGGCCACAGCUAUCACCAUGGUUACACAGAUACACACUUGAAUGUAAGAAAUUUUAGACCUCUUUAUUCAACGUCUCGGAUUAAACUAACACAAUCCACACUUCAAGAGGACUCAACACAAUCCACACUUUAAGAGGAUUCCUGCAUAUUAAUUUGACAAAUUCUGUCUAAAUUACUGAAAGAUCCUAAACUUGUAUUGUAGGCUAUCUGAACACAAGCCAGUAAAGUUCACAAUUCUAACAUAAACAUAUAGGCCUCUUAAUAAUGUUUUAUGAGUGUAAAAAAGAAACUACUCACAUCUUAAAUUCAAAUGAUACCUAAAUCAAUUUAUGCAUAGUAGCAGUUUUAUGCAUGUUAUGUGCCAUAGAAAUUAGUAGAUUUUUCUCUCUCAAAUGUCUAUAAUUAUGUAGAUCUGUCAGUAUUCAGGAGUUCAUUUAAUUCAUUCAUUUACAUGUACAUAUAUUAUGUUUGCUUUAAUACUUGAAAUGAAAUCUAAACCGAGGUUUAUUUGUUAUUCAUCUGCAAACUUUUCACAUUUUCAUCUUCUAAUAACCACAGAUCAAAAAUAAAUCAAAUUUGUCUCAAAACCUUCUUGGGUGAAAGAGUUUGAAGUUUGUGGAGAUGAAAGGUCUAGCUCCAUUCAAAUGUAUGAAGAAAUAAGGUAUGAUGUCUUAAAAAAUAUCUUUUUCCUCAAGCAUCACUGAACUAAACAAGCAUUCUGAGAGUAAUGCAUGACAAUAGUCCCCUACUAGUUGCAAAAAUUACUGUACCACAACAAUAUUCAAAGUUUAUUAUGUAGGUUAUGGUAGAGGGGAAAAUUGGGAAACCAGGAGAGGAAUGGUUGGAAAUCAACUACUAUUCGAGUAGAGACUAAACCAGGAAAAAAGACAAAUUUAUAAUUAGGUUUAGGUCUUUAACCAAGUCAAUAAACUGUGACAUGUAGGUGAUCAUGAAUAAUUUAGCUACAUUGUUGUAUUACUAUGCUAGAAGUUUUAAUGAGUGUAGUAUUCUUAUCUACAGAGAUAAGAAACUUGGAUGUAAACUAACAAUUCAUCCUAUUUUUCUAAGUCCAAGGGCCAUAACUUACUGAAAAAUCAACGGACGGAGACGAAAUUCGAAUUUGAUCUGAAACUUGUUAGGGCAGAGCAAUGUACCAAAUAUCAAAUGAAUAUCUGCAAGCACAACCAAAAAAUGUAAAGAAAACUGAUAGUUCAUGCUAUUUUUCUACGUUCAAGGGCCAUAACUAAGUGAAAAAUUAACUUGAUCUGUAACUUGUUAUGGCAAAGCAACAUACCAAAUAUAAAAUAAAUAUCUGCAAGAACAGAGAAAAAAAGUGUGGAAAACUGGGCUGACGGACAGACGGACGUAGCGUAAACCUAAAGUCCCCUUCGACUUCGUCAGUAGGGGACUAAAAAGCAAGAAAUGAGUAUGAAAACAUCCUUAGAUAAAGAAGACUAAGUUUGUUCAAACGAUGAUCCCUAGCCCUUGGCAGGACCACAAUAGGGGUUCGAAGUGUUACGUUGGAAUAUAUACAUGUAUAGGAAAAAUUUUAACCUUUUUGUCAAGAAUCACACAAAUUAACAAUGCAAGCAUCAGCAUGUGGUGUGGAUAAAAAAAAAUUUACAACAUGACUUUUGACUUCAAGAUGGGGUCUCAAAGGGGUUUAAAUUUUUACAUUAUGGGAUACAUAGGAAAACCUUUUAGAAACCACAAAGGCAUAAUAUAUCAAAUGAAAUGAAUAUUCAAGCAUCCUCAUGUAGUUUAGAAUAAGUUUGAUCACACUAAAUUUGGGCCAGGGUGGGUCUUAAUUUUCCUGUGUGUGCCAGAUUUGAUAUAUCGAUGUAGCUUUGUUAUCAAGAGAGGAAGAGCCCUGUUGAUUUUUGGAUUCAAAAGUUAGGGUCGCUACAGGACUGUAUAGAAAAAGCUUGUAGACACUAAUUGUGAGGGAAUAAGCCCCACAUUGCAGAGCUUUUGUUGGGAUUUAAUGUUGUUCAUGUUCAGAUGAACAAUAUGUCUUUUGUACCUCUUGUUUCUUUCAUAUCCAAAAGCAUUUACUGUAUUUCACAUCAUUUAUAGCCAUUGGAGAUUCAGUUUUUGGUCUAUAUGUCUGUUUACAAAGGGUUUAGUGCUGGGGCUUUCAUAUUUCAUCCAGUAUUCCUUGUGACAACACUUUUCUUUGCUCAAUAUACAGUCACUGCAACUGAGAGGUUUGAUUUUAAUCAGACUGCUUCUUUUGGUACCAAAUUUUUUUGAUCUCAUGACCUUGGAUUGACCUACUUUUGAAAAACUUUGACCUUGGCCGUAACUUUUGAAUGCUUAGUGAUAGGGCUUUCAUAAUUCCCAUGUGUAUUCCAUGUGACAAAUUGGUACCAAAAUUUUUGACCUCAUGACUUGGCCUUGAUCUACUUUUGAAAAACUUUAACCUUGGCCAUAAUCUUUGAGUGGUUGUGAUGGGACUUUCAUAUUUCACUUUAAAGUAGCUUGUAUUGAAUUACUAGCUCUUAUAUUGAAAUGAAAAUAAAUCCUCAGUAACAUUAUUUAUAUAAUAGUCUAACAUCAGUUAUAUUGAUCUUUGGAUAAAAUGAACAAUCAGGUUGGUUCCCUAAAUUUCAAUAUAUUUGGAGUAGGCUGUAUUUCUUGUGACAAGACCUUUUGUGUGUGUGAAGGGGGGGGGGGGGGGUGUGUGUAUCAAAAUUACUAUGCUGUUAUAUGAGGCAUCAAUGUUUCACAAACACAUCUUGUUGUUAGCUCUUACUGUGAAAAAGGCAUUGGGUGAUGAAAGUUUGAGUAUGACUUGAUGUAUGUCUGUGAAGAUAAUAAAAGAGUGUGUUCAUAAACAAAAAUUUAUAUUAUAGCAAACUUAACAUAUACAUAUAGGUGUGAAGAUUAUAUAAGACAGUGUGUUCAUAGACAAAUAUUACAGCAAACUUAAAAUGUACAAUUGUAUUGUUAUAUGUUUGCAUUCAAUUGUAUAUGUAUUAAUGUGUCAUGUUAGGUACAGUACUGUAUUAUCAAACUUUUUUCAUUUCAAAUUUUGCACUUAAUUUUUCAAAAUAAAACAUUUCAAAGCUGAA